AUGGGCACAUACAAGUACAUCCAGGAACUGUGGCGGAAGAAGCAGUCCGACCUGAUGCGCUUUCUCCUGUGGGUCUGCUGCUGGCCAUACCGUCAGCUCUUGGUGCUGCACUGGGCACUCCGCCCCACCUGGCCGGAUAAAGCAUGCAGACUGGGCUACAAGGUGAAGCAAGUUUAUGUCAUAUAUAGGAUUUGUGUCUGGCAUGGAGGCUGCAAACGCCCAGUUCCCAAGGGUACAACCUAUGGCAAGCCUGUCCAUCAUGGUAUUAACCAGCUCAAGUUUGCUCGAAGCCUCCAGUCUGUUGUAGAGGAGUGAGCUGGAUGCCACUGUGGGGCUUUAAGAGUCCUGAAUUCUUACUGGGUCGGUGAAGAUUCCACAUACAAAUUCUUGGAGGUUAUCCUCAUUGAUCCAUUCCAUAAAGCUAUCAGAAGAAACCUUGAUACCCAGUGGAUUACCAAACCAGUCCACAAGCACAGGAAGAUGCAUGGGCUGACAUCCACAGGCCACGAGAGCCAAGGCCUUGGAAAGGGCCACAAGUUCCACCACACUACUGGUGGCUCUCGUGGUGCAGCUUGGAGAAGGUUCAAUACUCUCCAGCUUCACCGUUACCACUAA